UGAUUGUAAGUACCCUUGAAAAUGAAGAUAACAAGAUACAAGAAAGUUCAAAAAUAUCUUAAAUUUUACUAUAACAACUAUGGUUUUCAUCAACCUUAUCAAGUAUUGAUCGACGGUACCUUCUGUUUUUCUGCUUUUAAAGAACACAUAAAUAUAAGAGACCAACUCUCAAAAUAUCUAAAUGGAAGUGUCAAAUUAUUAACAACAAGGUGUAUUAUUAAAGAGACUGAAAAGAUUUCCAAAAAGACACAAGGAGCUCUAACUAUUUUAAAACAGUUUGGCAUUCAUGAAUGUGACCAUGAAGAAGCUGUCUCUGGCUCAAAAUGCAUAUUGACUAUGAUAGGAAAAAAGAAUCUUAAACAUUACAUUCUGGCCACGCAAGACAGAGACUUACAAGAGAAAAUGAGAUUAAAACCAGGGAUACCGUUACUCUAUUUACAUAGUAAAUCUCCUACACUUGAGAAACCAUCAAAAGCAAGCUACGGUAAAGCUGGUUCCACAUUGGAAAACAACCAAUUUAUGUUCAUAAGUGAAACUCAAAAUGAAAUAUUAAAGAAUAUGAAAGAAGCUCUAGGAGUUGAAAAGGUGGAAGAAAAAAAUACCAUAAGAAAGAAAAAACUCAAAAACCCUAACCCAUUAUCAUGUAAAAAGAAAAAGAAAAAGCCAGCUAUGAAAAAUAAUAUAAGUGGUGGUAGUGUAAUUGAUGGCAAAGUAAAGAAAAGAAAGAAAUCUAAACCCAAAAAAGAUCUGUUACAAAGUAUUGCUAAAUAAAACAAUUUUGAGA